UACAAUUCUCGCUCACUUCCGCCUUGGCUUCCGUCUUUCUCGCAUCCAUCUUCAUUAAUUCUUGUGCUUCUCUCCAUAAUUUUCGUUCAAUUCAAACCCAUCUUUAUUUUCCGUCAUUUCCUCCAUCUUUAUUUUCCGUCAUUUCCCCACAGUUUUCAAUUUUCCUUUCCAUUCCCUCGAUUUUGAUCUCCCCUGAAACUGCCUGUGCUGUUUCAUAGUUAUUUUCCCCUCUGUCGCCGAUCACCCUGAGCUUCUGGUUAUUUUCUUUUAUUUGAAUCCAUGAUCCAGAUCUGCAUGGUGUGGGGAGCUUUCCGUGUUUAGUUGCUGACCUCAUUUUCUCGUUGCCUCUUUCGUUUCGUUAUCCGUGAGGAAAUCCUUCUUCUGAGGGGUCGGUGUGGGGAUUUCGGAAUUGUGUGAGGAGAAGAGGGAGGGUUUCUCCAUUUUCAAUAGAUCUUCUACUGUUUUCUUUUGAGGGGGUAGCCGGGGCCUCGGCCUCGGCGGGUUUUAAAGCCCCCAUCUGCUCGAGCUCGCAAAAAUUUUGAGAAUCUUUUUCCCUAAUUUAAUUUGAUCGUCGCGGAAGAGAUGCCGGCCUUAGCUUGUUGCGUGGAUGCUGCACUUGGUCCUCCUGGCUACGCUUUAGCUGGGGACAGCUCUCUUCUGGCGCCGGUCACAUUUUUUGGCUUGCCUCCGGCGACGAGCCACACUACCGCCGAUGACAACACCGUCACCGUUGCCGUGGAAAAUUCCCAUUGGUCGCCCUCUCUGUCUGCUUCCCUGUACAAGGUCAAUGGGUGGGGUGCUCCCUACUUCUCCGUGAAUUCAUCCGGGAAUGUCUCUGUCCGGCCUCACGGUUCAGGGACUCUUUUUCACCAGGAGAUUGAUUUGCUCAAGAUUGUGAAAAAAGUCUCGGAUCCCAAAUCAUCUGGCGGCCUCGGGAUGCAGCUUCCCCUCAUUGUUCGGUUCCCGGACGUGCUGAAGAAUCGGCUUGAGUCCCUUCACUCGGCGUUCGAGUACGCAACUCAGUCUCUGGGGUACGAAUCCCAUUACCAAGGUGUUUACCCUGUGAAAUGCAACCAGGACCGGUUCGUUGUGGAAGAUAUUGUGAAUUUUGGGUCUCCAUUCCGGUUUGGGCUAGAGGCGGGAUCAAAACCAGAGCUCCUCCUGGCUAUGAGUUGUUUGUGCAAGGGUAAUCCAGAAGCCUUUCUGGUUUGUAAUGGGUUCAAAGACAGCGAAUAUAUUUCUCUGGCCCUGAUUGCAAGGAAGCUCGCAUUGAAUACCGUAAUCGUUCUCGAGCUAGAGGAAGAGCUUGAUUUGAUCAUUGAUUUGAGCAAGCAGCUCUGCAUUCGACCUGUGAUUGGGGUUCGAGCUAAGCUGAGGACAAAACAUUCUGGGCAUUUUGGUUCAACUUCAGGGGAGAAAGGGAAGUUCGGGCUCACCACAGUCCAGAUUCUGCGCGUCGUGAAAAAGCUGGAACAAGUGGAUAUGCUUGAUUGCUUACAAUUGCUGCAUUUCCACAUAGGCUCUCAAAUUCCUUCCACCACAUUGCUGGCUGAUGGGGUUGGAGAGGCUGCACAGAUCUAUUGUGAAUUGGUUCGGCUAGGCGCUCAUAUGCAAGUAAUCGAUAUUGGAGGUGGUCUGGGCAUAGAUUACGAUGGUUCCAAGUCCGCUGACUCUGACAUAUCUGUUGGAUAUGAUCUCCAAGAGUAUGCUGCAGCGGUUGUUCAAGCAAUUCAGUGUGUCUGUGAUCGCAGGUCCAUCAAGCACCCCGUGCUUUGCAGUGAAAGUGGCAGAGCCAUCGUCUCUCAUCACUCUGUUUUGAUCUUUGAAGUGGUUUCGGCAACUUCAUACGAAGCUCCAGCAUUGUCCACUCUUGGGCUGCAAUAUUUGGUUGAGAGAUUCUCGGAGGAUGCUCGUGCAGAUUAUAACAACCUUUCUGCUGCGGCCAUGAGAGGUGAGUAUGAUACCUGCUUGCUGUACACCGAUCAAUUGAAGCAACGAUGUGUUGAGCAAUUCAAACAAGGUUCUCUGGACAUGGAGCAACUUGCUGCUGUUGAUGGGUUGUGUGACACGGUGAAUAAGGCAAUAGGGGCGAAAGAUAAGGUAAAGACUUACCAUGCCAAUCUUUCGCUAUUCACAUCCAUUCCAGAUUUCUGGGCCAUUGGACAACUAUUUCCCAUAGUACCCAUUCAUCGUCUGGACGAGAAGCCCUCAGCGAGGGGAAUUUUAUCUGAUUUGACAUGCGACAGUGAUGGAAAAAUCGACAAGUUCAUAGGGGGCGAGUCUAGUUUGCCGCUCCAUGAAUUGGAAGGCGAAGGUGGUAGACAUAGAAAAUACUAUAUGGGAAUGUUCUUGGGCGGGGCUUACGAGGAGGCGCUCGGAGGACUCCAUAAUCUGUUUGGUGGCCCGAGCGUGGUUCGGGUGUCACAGAGCGACGGUCCUUACAGCUUCGCGGUGACGCGUGCCAUGCCGGGGCCGUCGUGUGCGGAUGUCCUACGGGUGAUGCAGCACGAGCCCGAGCUCAUGUUUGAGACUCUGAAGCACCGCGCGCAAGAGUGCUUUGAGCAGCAAAUGGAGGAUGAGUAUGAUGACAGGGUACACAGUGCUUCAGCACUGGCUACGGGCCUCGCCCGCUCCUUCAACAACAUGCCUUAUCUGGCCGUUGAUUCUUGCUGCUUGACUGCUGCUCGCAACAACAAUAAUGGCUUUUACUACUGCGCAUCUGAUGAUGAUUUCAAUGGCGUUUCUACUGAUUCUGUUGCCGCAGAUGAUGAGCAGUGGUCCUACUGUGUUGCUUGAUUGUUGGUCGCUUGUUCGCAUUCCCAUGUUGGUGGUGCGUAUUUUUAAAUUCACGCUUGUCGUGGAGGUCGUCUGUUAACGUUGAUUUUCCUGCUUUUUUAUUACCUGAGUUUAGGGGGAAAAACUUUAAAAAUGAAAGAGGAUUGAAUGAGGGAAGCGUGUACCGUGAUCCUCCCUCCAUUCAUGCCUGUUUGCCUCUGCCAGAAUUUCAAUUCCAAGGGAUAUUGUACUUUGGUUUUUUUUUUUUUUGACCGCCAAGACUUGUAGUUAAUUUUCCCCCAAGAGCCAUCAGAGCUCUGCUUCAAAUCCAUCCCUUUCUUUAUUUCGCUAAA